CACUGAUCCUGGAGCCGUCCCUAUCCUGUGUCACGGAGAAUUCGGCCCUUUUUUGCUUUUAAUGACAGAUAACAGAUAUUGGCUAAUCAAAUAAAUUCAUCAACAGUCGGCAUUGAGUUUUCUGUCGAUCUUCAGUCGAGUUUUCAGUGAUUUGUCUAUCAAUCACCUCGGGAAUAACUGACAACGACACAGCGGCGCAGAUUACAAAUAAUAGCCUAUCAUCUUCAUGUGUUCGUAUAUUGAUAUUUUACUGACAUCCACAGAAAUAUGACGAACAUAUUAUUGUUCUUUGUGUUCUAUAUUGUCUUUGACGGUGUGUUUGGUGAUUCAGUGUCAGUGGUGGAGGGAGAUUCUGUCACUUUACACACUAACCUCACUGAAAUAGAGAAAGAUGAUGUGUUAGAGUGGAGGUUUGGAGCUGAAGGCGUCCGCAUAGCUCAGAUCAACAGAGGAGCCAAUAAGAGCUUUAUAGAUGAUGAAGCUCUUAAUCAGAGAUUCAAAGGCAGGCUGAAACUGGACAAUCAAACUGGAGAUCUCACUAUCAGAAACAUCAGAACUGAACACUCUGGACGUUAUGAAGCAACCAGCGGACAUACUCUAAACAAGAUAUUCAGUGUCAUUGCUCUGCCUGUUGAUCCAGUGAAGUCAGUGUCAGUAAUAGUGGGAGAUUCAGUCACUCUAAACACUGAUCUUACUGAAAUACAGAAUCAACACCCUCCUGUAGCUGAAAUCAAUAGAAAGGCUAGAAAAGUCUCUAAACACAAUGGUGCUGAUGGGAGAUUCAGAGACAGACUGCAUCUGUACUAUUUGACUGGAUCUCUGACCAUCAGGAACAUCGGAACCAAUCACUCUGGAUUUUAUGAAGUCGACAUCACUACCGGCAGCAGCAAUCACACCAUACACAAGUCAUUCAAUGUGACUGUCAGCGGUGAAAUGAGGACGGAGUCCGUGAUGAAGAGAGAUUCUGUCACUUUACAGACUGGUCUUACUGAAAUACAGACAGAUGAUGAGAUAAUGUGGAUGUUUGGAGACACUAUCCUAGCUGGAAUCUAUAAAAACCAGUCCUCGCUGACCCAACAGUUCUAUACAUAUGAUGGUGAUGAUGAAAGAUUCAGAGACAGACUGCAGCUUAAUAACCAGACUGGAUCUCUGACCAUCACCAAAUGCAACACCUCAGACUCUGGACUCUAUGAACUGCAGAUCAACAGCAACAGACACCUGAGAUUCACUGUUACUGUCAGUGUACCCAGUCUGUCUUCAGUUGUAAUAGCAGGGAUUGUUCUUGUUGUUGGUGUUGCAGCUGUUGGGUUUUGCUAUCGCCACAAGAUCCCUAUACUAGUUCAUCAAAUUAUGGCUAAAACAAAGAUAAAGUCAGUGUCAGUGAGGGAGAAAGAAUCUGUCACACCGAACACUGAUACUAAAGUACAGAUAGAUGACUCUGGGGAUAAUGAACAACCUAACUACAGAAGACGAAAAAAAUCAAGCAAGUUGUCUGAUCCCACUGCAUUCAGAAAUAUGCCAGAGAAAAGGCAUUUAUUGCCAUCGGUGUGUCUGCAGCGUAAAAAAACAGUGUCGCUAUAAAGUGCCUUUGGUGUCAUCAAAAUCAUUCAGUCAUCAUGAACAUAAUGUGAAAUAAUGAAAUUCUGAGGUUUUAUGAUAAACGACCAAACAUUUGCACACAUACAAGUACAAUGAUAAGUCUCUUUAAAGGUGCCCUAACAGAUAAUCACAAAUCUCUUUAUCUAAAAUGUUUUUAUUGAACUCUAAAGAAAUAAGUUCAUAGUAAUAAUAUGUUUAUAUUAUUAGCAUAUAAUAAAUAUUAGUUUGUAAAUUUAAAUGGCAGUCGGAAAAUUUGAAGCAGUUGGUUUCUGCAAAUGAAAUGAGGUAACAUGAGUUUUAAUUUAGUUCAUGGUAUCUUUACAGUAACAUACUGUAGAUUACAGUAAAUAACUGUACAAUCAACAGUAAAUUACUGGAAACAGUGUUGCCAGUAUAUUACUGUAAAAAAGCAUGGAAAGAUCCUACCAUGUAAUAUAGUCAAUAUUGUCUGUUUUUGUUCUAUUUUUUCCAACAAAAAUAGUUCAAAACAAAGCCAGAGCGGAGCUGUUCUGCAUCUCUGAGCAAUACAAAGUGGUGAUUCGUUAUGAAUGAAGCCAGGGUUUUAAACAAAUCAAGCGCGCAAUUGUAGUUUAACCCCUUAACUACAGUUGACAUUCCAGGGGUCAGAAAGUAGAAGUUCUGCCAUAUUUUUUUUUCCACCCACUGAAGCAGUGUUAAAGUUAAUGAGAUAAAUAAGUGAUUAAUUGAGUGAUGAUUGAGCAUUAUUGAAGACACCUGAUGAUAACAAGCAGAAUCACCAAAAGAGAAAAAAUUUAGUCACCAUCAAGGGGAUAGGUGUUUGCUAUAGUUUAGUUCUAGCAAGCUAUAAUUAUAUUUUGUUUAGCUACUGUAACUGAGUUACAACAGCCAUACAAGAAAAAAAAAAAAAAGUUUUCGCAUAAUCA